GUACGUACCAAAACACGAAGAUUCUCAAGACACUGAAUCGGUCGACGUCAUAACCUUCUUACUUUAUGGAGGGGAGUAGAUCGUACGAUGACACGACGCCAUUAGUAGUACUCUCGUUGCCGCGUGCAUUACGUUCGAUAUCAUAUUCCGAAUUAUUUUCUCAUUUGAGAAAUCGUCCGAUUAAUUAUCCGUGAUUUUCUUCGAAGGAGAUGCGACUAAAUCAGAUCGAAUCUUCGCUUUUCGAUCGACGAUUCUAAGUGACCCGAAGAAAUUUAUUUUCAAUUAAAGAAGAGAGGUUAUCUGCGUGUCAUACGAGUUUUCUACGUUCAUCAAAAUGACGGUUUUACAAUCCUGCUGGUCUCCGUGCAUUUGGACGAAUAAUGUUAAAACAGGAUCCAAAGUUAUUGCAGUUUAUACAAUGGCACUAAGUAUCGUAUUUAUUACCUUAAUAUGUUAUCAAAUGAACGGUGGAGAUUCUACGCAGUUGUACAAUCCUCUUUUUGAAGCAGAUAUCAGAGGAUCGAUGCAAGUUGUAGGAAGUUGUUUGAUAGUUUAUUUUCUACUUCUUACCAUUUCUGCCGCUUUAAUGAUACAUGGGAUACGCGAAGGUGUAAGAGGAUGGUUGCUACCAUGGUUAAUACUAUGGUUUGUCAUUUGCGUUUUCCUUUUAGUAUUUGGAUUAUGGCUAUUAGGAGGAUAUUAUAUUUAUUUGGAUUCUGUAUUUGCUACGCUAUGUAUGUGGCUUUGGAUGUCAUAUAACAUUUACUGUUGGUUAGUCGUCUACUCCAUGUAUAAAGUAUUCGAAGAAUUACAAUCUCCUAAUAUUGAACUACUUUGGCCGUGAAAGGUAUAUUGCAAUAAUUUAUUAGUAAAAAAGUGCCUUUGACUACAUACUCAACACCAAAGUAAGCUGAAAUGCUCUACACCUACGUUGUGUUCUUUUUUACUUCGUUUGUGUCUAGUUUUAGGUGUUGUCAUGAUCUAUUUGAUAAGCCUUGCCAGUGUGCAAGAACGAUUAAUGAAUUAUCGAUAAUAAUAGUGGUAUGUCGUCUAUCGAAUAUUAUAGAUCUGAAAGUAAGUCUUUAAGAAAAUUAGAUUAAGAGGAAAAUUUAAAAAAUGGCGAAAGUCUGAGAAGUCCACAUUCCAUAUACUUAAUACAAGUAGUACGAUUCGUAAAAGAAAUAUAAAGGCACAAUACAGUGACUGAUAGAGUAAAUAAGGUUGACGAUAUGAAGUUUUUACGUAGCUGUUGAAAAAGACUUCUGUAUAAGUAUUCAAGCAUAUGCACUCUUGCGUGCAGCUACGAGGUUCUUAUAUUUUUUAUAUGAGCUUUGAAAUACCAACGUUACUAACAUUAGUACAAGUAGAAUAUUUACAUAUUUAUAUGACAAUUAUUUACUUAUUUUCGCAAUUUUAUAGUUCUACUAUAUACAUAUUUCUAUGUAACAUAUGUUGUAUAUACACGUCGCUUUUUUCUCAUUAUUUUCAAAUAAAAUCUUUUAUUAUAUAAA